AAACAUGCGGCUUUGCUCGGUUUGAGAGGGCGACCUAGAUAUGCGCAGCGCUGCGCAUUUUGACGUCCGCGAAUGCCCGCUCAUUGGCCGACGCCGUUAAAUUCCCAGAAUUCCCCGCAGGUCCUCCACAUUUGGAUCCUGAGCUCUGAGUGUCAAGCCCAAGAUGGCACUUCAUCGGCUGUUCCAGCUGUCCUCCGUGGUGCGCUCCGCCGUGAGCCUGACCCUGCGCAGGAACCUCGGCAUCUCCGCUGUCGUCUUCAACAAGGCCAAGGAACUCGACCCCGUCCAGAAACUGUUCCUGGACAAGAUCCGCGACUACAACAUCAAGAGCAAGGCCUCUGGUGGCAUCGUGGACGCCGGGCCCGCUUACCAGAAGAACCUGUCUGAAGAGGUAACCAAACUACAGAGGCUAUACGGAGGAGGAGACAUGACCAAGUUCCCCGACUUCAAAUUCCCAGAGCCCAAACUGGAUGAAGUGGCGAAGUGAAUGCUGUCCAUGUUGUAUAUCUCCUACAUGUCACCAAUAUGUUGUAUUUAAUAAAGAUGGUAGACUGAA